AUAAGAUAUUGCACAAGCACGCAAUUUGAUAGUGUAUCGUUAAAAGUGUUUUGUCUGGAAGGUUUUCGUCUUAUUUUUCUGCAAUGGCUACUCCUGCGAGUCAAAGCCCCACUCCUUCGACGUCCGGAAUAAAAACGCCUCGUGCUAUCGGGAAAAGUCAACCUGCGACGAACGACGAAGAAGAGUUUACGUUACGCUGUUUGGACAUAAUCGCCAAAAUCGCAGCGAUACUGAAGACCGACAACAAUGGAUUUAUUACCAUAGUGGAAAAAAUGUUGACCCUUGUCCAUAGGGAGCAAGGCGAGAAACGGAAGCUAACAUACAGUUUGAUCGAAGACGUGGUGUCCAAUAUCCUGGAAGCAGACAAAGACGAACUGGUAGCGGCUAAGGCACAUUUCGAGAAGAUCUUUUCCCAAAGAAACUUCAAAGACAUACUCGUCCAAGAAGACAAGCUGGUACGACUAGGUCCUUUAGGCGAAGGAGGUUUUAGCUACGUCUUGUCCGGAGAGCUACACCAAAACGGCUCUUACAAAAGCGUAGCGAUUAAGAGAGCCAAGAGUUUCCAAUACAACUACAUCAUAGAUCACGAAGCGACGGUACUUUCUCAACUGAAGCACAAGAACAUCUUGAAGCUGUUCGGAAAGCACGAAUCCGAACCGGAAAUCGUUUUGGAGCUGAUGGACUUGGGGAAUCUGGUGUCGGCGGUAGAGCAAAUCCGUUUCACCGGCGGAAACCUGCUGCGGUUCCUAGAAGACGUCGCUAGCGGCAUGGAAUACAUGGGUGAAAAAAAAUACCUACACAGGGACUUGGCUUGCAGGAACGUGUUCCUCAACAAAAGGAAGCAGUGCAAAAUAGGCGAUUUCGGGUUCGCCGUUUAUGUGGGAAAGUCCAACGGGGUCUACGUGGAGAAGGUCUUCAAUCCCCACGAUUAUAACAUGUCCCCGGAAACGUUCAAUACUAAAGCCUUCACGAUGCCGAACGACGUAUGGGCUAUGGGGAUAUUAUGCUGGGAACUCUUCUAUAUCACCGAGCACUGCAACGAGAUACCGCCUUCUGCUUUCUCUAAAAAACAACACCAGGCACUGUUCCAGGUCAGAAAGAUACAAUUGCCUAAGGCAAAAAUCUGCCCGGACAACUUGCACAGGUACAUCGUGAACGAUAUGCUGAAUGAAGAUCCAAAGCAGCGACCGAGUUUUACGUCUAUAAGAGAGAAAAUCAAAGAAAUCGCUUCCAAAUAAGCGAAAAGUUUGUUUAUUUUCUUGAUUUUCAGUAUUAAUUUGCCUUCCAAGGUUUCUACAGAGUUUAUAGUUUAUUUUGUUAA